AUGGCUUCAAUCUUUCCACCUCUCACCACUAUCAUCUUCCUCUUAGUCCUCCUUAGGGGUGGCCAGGCACGUGACCCUUUUGCGUGUGACCCAAAGAACGCAGGCACAAGGAGCUUACCGUUUUGCAAGGCGUCGUUGGGAAUAGCAGAGAGGGUGAAGGACCUGAUUGGGAGGUUGGCAGUGGAAGAGAAAGUGAGGUUGCUCGUGAACAAUGCUGCGGCAGUUCCACGGCUUGGAAUCAAAGGCUAUGAGUGGUGGUCGGAGGCUCUGCAUGGGGUCUCAAAUGUGGGCCCCGGAACCAAGUUUGGUGGCCGCUUCCCCGCCGCCACUAGCUUCCCUCAAGUCAUCACUACCGCUGCUGCUUUCAAUGCUUCUCUCUGGGAAGCUCUUGGACGGGUUGCCUCAGACGAAGCAAGAGCGAUGUACAACGGAGGAAGCAGUGGGCUUACAUACUGGAGCCCGAACGUGAACAUAUUUAGAGACCCACGGUGGGGCCGGGGACAGGAGACUCCCGGUGAGGACCCAAUACUAGCCGGUAAAUAUGCAGCCAGUUACGUGAGGGGACUACAGGGAACCGACGGUAACCGACUCAAGGUGGCUGCUUCUUGCAAGCACUUCACGGCUUACGACCUUGAUAAUUGGAAGGGCGUGGAUCGGUUUCACUUUAAUGCAGAGGUUAGCAAGCAGGAUAUCGAGGACACGUUCAACGUGCCAUUCAGGAUGUGUGUGAAGGAAGGAAAAGUGGCGAGUGUGAUGUGUUCUUACAAUCAGGUUAACGGUGUUCCUACCUGUGCCGACCCCGUCCUCCUUAAGAGAACAGUUCGUGGCCUUUGGGGUCUCAAUGGGUACAUUGUAUCAGACUGUGACUCUGUUGGGGUGUUUUACAACGCCCAACAUUACACAUCUACCCCUGAAGAAGCUGCUGCGGAUGCCAUUAAAGCAGGUCUGGAUUUGGAUUGUGGGCCUUUCCUAGCCCAGCAUACGCAGAAUGCUGUGCGGAAAGGCCUGUUAAGAGAAGCUGAUGUGGAUGGGGCCUUGGCCAACACAUUGACGGUCCAAAUGAGGCUAGGGAUGUAUGAUGGUGAUCCAUCAGGUCAUCCAUAUGGCAACCUCGGGCCAAGUGAUGUUUGCACCCCAAGUCAUCAAGAGCUUGCUCUUGAAGCCGCAAGACAAGGAAUUGUGCUACUCAAAAACAAAGGCCCUUCUUUGCCUCUCUCCACAAGGCGUCACCGCACCCUGGCUGUUAUUGGACCCAAUUCUAAUGUCACUGUCACAAUGAUUGGAAACUAUGCUGGUAUUGCUUGUGGAUACACAAGCCCUUUACAGGGAAUAGCGAAAUACGCCAACACUAUUCACGAGCUGGGUUGUGCAAACGUGGCUUGUACAGAUGACAAGCUGUUUGGGAGAGCUAUCAAUGCAGCCCAACAAGCAGAUGCAACCGUGCUAGUCAUGGGCCUGGACCAGUCCAUCGAGGCUGAAACUGUGGACAGGGCUGGCCUGCUUCUUCCUGGUCGUCAACAAGACCUUGCCUCCAAAGUAGCAGCAGCCUCCAAGGGCCCAACAAUUUUGGUCAUAAUGUCUGGUGGGCCUGUGGAUAUAAGUUUUGCAAAGAAUGAUCCUGGAAUCCAAGGAAUCUUGUGGGCCGGUUAUCCCGGUCAAGCUGGUGGUGCUGCCAUUGCAGACAUCGUGUUUGGAACGUCUAACCCUGGAGGGAAGGUACCUAUGACAUGGUACCCACAAGAGUAUGUUGAAAAGUUGGCAAUGACAAAUAUGGCAAUGCGAUCAAGCAGAUCGAAAGGGUACCCUGGAAGAACCUAUAGAUUUUACAAUGGGCCAGUGGUGUAUCCAUUUGGUUACGGAUUGUCGUACACCCAUUUCGUUCAUACAUUGGCUAGUGCACCCAAAGUGGUAUCAAUUCCAGUGGAUGGACACAGGCACGGCAAUAGCUCCAACAUUGCGAACAAGGCAAUUAAAGUGACACAUGCACGAUGUGGCAAGCUUUCUAUUAGCCUUCACGUGGACGUUAAAAAUGUUGGUUCCAGAGAUGGCACGCACACGUUGUUAGUGUUCUCAGCACCACCUGCAGGUAAUGGCCACUGGGCUCCACACAAGCAACUGGUGGCAUUCCACAAAGUACACGUUCCUGCCAAGGCCCAACACCGAGUGCGUAUCAACAUUCAUGUUUGCAAGCUCCUCAGUGUGGUUGACGCCUCCGGGACUCGGAGAAUUCCAAUGGGUUUGCACAGUCUUCACAUUGGUGAUGUUAAACACUCUUUCGCACUUCAGGCACACACACUUGGAAUCAUCAAGUCCUGA